UAAGCCAAUCUUCCUCUUACACUGAGGUGCACCUUGUUACAAUCAUUGAGACAGACACCUUGUCGCAGGGGUGGAAGUGGUGCGCCAUUUGCGCCAUCCUGCUCCAAACUGCUUUCCCUGUGCCAUCCUGCUCUAAAACACAAUUUUGCGCCAUAACUCUGCCGCGCCGGCCACUUCGAUGUUUUACCGUCAAAUUUAGCGAAGCCUAUGGGUUAUUUUUCCUCUCACUGUGGGCUAGCCGAUCUGAUCCAAUCCGAUCCGAUCCGAUACUUCGUGCGAAGCUGUUUGGUGUUGUGUUUGUAAGCUGCUGCCGUUAGAUGCUGGUCGCCUGCAAGCCUGGACAUGAGCAAAAAACGAUGCACCAAAUUCAACGCAGACGUCCUGACCAAAAAGGAUGGCAAUGGGGACCUCAUAUCCCUCUGGUGUCGGCCAAGUGCAAAAGACAGUGAUGGCUUUUGUGUGCUUUGUAAUGUUACAGUGCACUGCGCGCAACAUGGAAGCUCAGCAAUAAUGCGCCAUGCAACGUCUCUUAAGCACAUCGAAAAUGCAAAAAAACAUCGGAACAAAGACGGGGUCCUAACCAAGAGCACUAUCCUCCAAAGCACCCUAGAUUUCACGAAGAAUGCAGUGUCACUGUCCCUGCAAGGAAAUGUUACAAGAGCUGAAACAGUUUUUGCUCUUUCUGUGGUAUCCAACUCACUCCCAUAGACUUUGGGAGAUGUGGCAACAGCAACAUACCCCAAUAUGUUCCCUGAUUCACAGAUAGCAAAAGCCUUCCAAUGUGGCCGCAAGAAAGUAUCUUACAUCAUAUCUGAUGGCUUAGGACCAUACUUUAAAGCCAAAGUGCUUGAAGAACUUGCAAAGCCUGAGGGAUUCUAUACCGUAAUGAUCGACGAGACCCCAGUGCCCGAGAUGAAGGUGCAGCAGCUGGAUGUGCUCAUCCGGUAUUUCUCUGUUAAUGCACAAGAUGUCGUUGUAGAGCACCUUCAGUCAUUUCACAUGGGGCAUGCCACUGCAGAUGAGCUCUUCUCCUGUGUUGAAGAUGCACUUAACGAACUUCCAAAAAAUAACAUGCUCUGCUUCUUCUCUGAUGGGCCAAAUGUUAUGAAGAGCUUGAAGGGUAAAAUAAAAGCAGAACUUAGCCCCAACAUGAUUGACAUUGGGGAGUGCAGUCUUCAUAAAAUGCAUAACGCAUUUGCCACUGGUCUCAACACUUUCUGCUCUGAGAUUGAAUGUAUUGUCACUGAUAUCCAUCAGUACUUCAGAUAUGCCACAAGACAUGCGGACAUCAAGGAUCUCCAACAGAAACUUGGAUUGCCACAGCUGGAGUUCCUGCGGCACGUAAGCAGCAGGUGGCUGACACUAUUACCAAGUAUACAGCGUGUGCUUAAGCUGUAUGAUGCUUUGAAGUCUUUCUUUUCCAAGGCUGCAGAACCAAGAAAAUCCUCAUCUAUAAGGCACAAUCGCCUCGCAUCUGCAUUUUCUGACAACACGCUCCGAGCACGACUCCUUUUUGUUCAGAAUGCCACCCAGCUCUUUGACAAGUUUCAAACCUUGUUUCAGAGCAAAGAGCCUCUUCUUCAUUUAUUUUAUGAUGAAAUAGUUGCUGUGGUCAAACAGCUGAUGGGCAGAUUUUUGCGGCAGGAGUCGUUUGUAGAUGUAACUGGUUUCCAUUUGAAGAAUGUUCAAGUUGAAUCGCAAGCUAACUGGAAAGUGAAACCUGAGCUUGGCUUAGAUACUGAGAAAGAAAUGGAGCUUUGGACACCAACUCAGAAAAAGGCUUUCUAUGUCAAGACCAGAGCUUUCUAUAUAUCCUGCACAAAGUACCUCGUCUCAAGGUUACCUUUGGACAACAAAGUGCUGUUCCACAGUAGAUUUUUGAAGCCUGGUGUAGUAGGAGACCACUACACAACGUCACUGCGCUACAUCGCGAAUGCCCUGCCACAAGUAAUGCCACCCAGCGAAGUAUCAUCUCUAACUGAUGAGUGGUUGCGCCUUUGCUGCGAAAUUUCUGACUGGGAUGUUUCAACAAAUGUUGUUGAACACUGGGUUAAUGUGUUUGCACUAAAAAUGCCCACUGGCGAACCCAAAUACCCAAGACUGGGAAGGCUCGUAAGGGCUGUUCUUUCCUUGCUGCAUGGCAACGCAGACUGCGAGAGAGGAUUCAGCGAAAACAAGCAAGCGCUUCACCAUCGAGCCUCUUUGUCAAUAACAAGUGUGUCAAGCCUUCGUCAAACGAAAGCAUACUUGAAGCGUUAUGGGGGUGACGUCACAAAGGUGCCAAUCACUAAGAUCUCCUGA